GCGCGGGAGGAGGGAGCGCAGGAGUCCGGGCCGCGGUGGCCGGCUCGGCCUGCCCUUUGUGCCCGCAGCCCGCGCCCCGCGCCGAUGGCCGCCGCACCGGGCUCCCCCGCGGCGCGCACCCGCCCGCGGACCUGACCCUGCGCGCCUGGGAUGCGCCGGGAAUGCGCGUCCUCCGGGCCUGCGGCUGCUGCGGGCUGGGCGCGGGGCGAUGGACCUGAGCAUGAAGAAGUUCACCGUGCGCCGCUUCUUCUCCGUGUACCUGCGCAAGAAGUCGCGCUCCAAGAGCUCCAGUCUCAGCCGACUCGAGGAGGAAGGUACCGUCAAGGAGAUCGACAUCAGCCACCAUGUGAAGGAAGGCUUCGAGAAGGCCGACCCUUCCCAGUUUGAACUGCUCAAAGUUUUAGGACAAGGAUCCUACGGAAAGGUGUUCCUGGUGCGGAAGACCAAGGGCUCGGACGCUGGCCAGCUGUACGCAAUGAAGGUCCUCAAGAAAGCUACCCUGAAAGUUCGGGACCGAGUGAGAUCAAAGAUGGAGAGAGACAUUUUGGCAGAAGUGAAUCACCCUUUCAUUGUGAAGCUUCAUUAUGCCUUUCAGACGGAAGGAAAGCUCUACCUGAUCCUGGACUUCCUACGGGGAGGGGACCUCUUCAGCCGGCUCUCCAAAGAGGUGAUGUUCACCGAGGAGGAUGUCAAGUUCUACCUGGCUGAGCUGGCCUUGGCUUUGGACCACCUCCAUGGCCUGGGGAUCAUCUACAGAGACCUGAAGCCUGAGAACAUCCUGCUGGAUGAAGAAGGACACGUUAAGAUCACAGACUUCGGGCUGAGUAAGGAGGCCAUCGACCACGACAAGAGAGCCUACUCAUUCUGUGGGACGAUAGAGUACAUGGCGCCCGAGGUGGUGAACCGGCGGGGACACACGCAGAGCGCCGACUGGUGGUCCUUCGGCGUGCUCAUGUUCGAGAUGCUCACGGGAUCGCUGCCGUUCCAGGGCAAGGACAGGAAGGAGACCAUGGCCCUCAUCCUCAAAGCCAAGCUGGGCAUGCCGCAGUUCCUCAGCAUGGAGGCCCAGAGUCUGCUGAGAGCCCUAUUCAAGCGGAACCCAUGCAACCGACUGGGCGCUGGCGUCGACGGAGUGGAGGAGAUCAAGCGGCACCCUUUCUUUGUGACCAUAGACUGGAACAAGCUGUACAGGAAGGAGAUCAAGCCGCCCUUCAAACCAGCGGUGGGCAGGCCCGAGGACACCUUCCACUUUGACCCCGAGUUCACAGCACGGACGCCCACAGACUCCCCCGGCGUGCCCCCCAGCGCCAACGCACACCACCUCUUCAGAGGAUUCAGUUUUGUGGCCUCAAGCCUGGUCCAGGAGCCCUCACAGCAGGAUCUGCACAAGGCCGCGCUUCACCCCAUCGUGCAGCAGUUACACGGGAACAACAUCCACUUCACCGACGGCUAUGAGAUCAAGGAGGACAUCGGGGUGGGCUCCUACUCCGUGUGCAAGCGAUGUGUGCAUAAAGCUACGGAGGCAGAGUACGCCGUGAAGAUCAUCGAUAAGAGCAAGAGAGACCCCUCGGAGGAGAUCGAGAUCCUCCUGAGGUACGGGCAGCACCCGAACAUCAUCACCCUCAAAGACGUCUACGACGACGGGAAGCUGGUGUACCUGGUGAUGGAGCUGAUGCGGGGGGGAGAGCUCCUGGACCGCAUCCUGCGGCAGCGCUACUUCUCCGAGCGCGAGGCCAGCGACGUGCUGUGCACCAUCACCAAGACCUUGGACUACCUCCACUCCCAGGGGGUAGUUCAUCGAGACCUGAAGCCGAGUAACAUACUGUACAUGGACGAGUCUGGGGACCCCGAGUCCAUCCGAAUCUGCGACUUCGGGUUUGCCAAGCAGCUCCGGGCCGAGAACGGGCUGUUGAUGACACCCUGCUACACGGCCAACUUCGUUGCCCCCGAGGUCCUGAAGCGGCAAGGCUAUGACGCAGCCUGUGACAUCUGGAGUUUGGGGACCCUGUUGUACACCAUGCUGGCGGGAUUUACCCCAUUUGCAAACGGACCGGAUGACACUCCUGAGGAGAUCCUGGCACGGAUUGGCAGCGGGAAGUACGCCCUUUCCGGGGGGAACUGGGACUCAAUCUCCGAUGCGGCGAAGGAUGUCGUGUCCAAGAUGCUCCACGUAGACCCUCAUCAGCGCCUGACAGCGGUUCAAGUCCUGAAACACCCGUGGAUCGUGAACAGAGAGUACCUGUCCCAGAGCCAGCUCAGCAGACAGGACGUCCACCUGGUGAAGGGUGCCAUGGCUGCCACCUACUUCGCUCUGAACAGAACUCCCCAGGCCCCGCGGCUGGAGCCGGUGCUGUCGUCUGGCCUGGCCCAGCGCAGGGGCAUGAAGAGACUCACGUCCACGAGGCUAUAGUGCGAGCACGCCCUGCAGAGCGUCCUGGGCUGGCGGGCGCUGGCCGGGGCUCCCGUCCCGGGCACUGCCAGGGUGACCGUGCCCGUCUCGAAGGCCCAGGAGCCUCCGCUCAUUCCACGUUCUCUUGUUCAGCCUGAAUGGAUCCAGACCGGCGACCUCCCAGCGCCUCGCUGUGCCAACCCUGCUGCCUCCCUGCCCCGAGCCAGCCAGACGGACUCACUUCACUGCACACCACCAUGAGCAGUGCCUGUAGGGUUCCUUCGGGCUCUGUAGGUCUUUUAUGAUCACGGCUUAUAUUUAUAUAGAGAGAUAUUUUUUCCAAUGAUAAAGCCAGUAAGGGGGUCAGGUUUCCGACACACACGUCCCCGCGAUUCGGGUGGGCGGAUGCGCUGACCGGCUCCCAGCACAGCCCCCUCC